AAAAAAAAAAAAAAACCCAACGGGAUUCCCAACACAAUUUACUGCUCAUUUCCCUUUCACUUAUUCUCCUCUCCCUUACCCCAGUAUCUACCGACCGGCUACAUUACUGUUGGCUCUUUUCUUUCAAGUAGCAGCACUACUUUGGUGGAUAGUCGAGUCGAGUUCAGUGCCACAGGGCACGGAGGACAACACAAUCACCUGAACAUGUGAUUCUGGGUCCAAGCAGACGAAUAUUUUUCUUUUCAUCGUACACUGCCGCCGAAAGCAACCUUUGAAUAGCGGUCGAGGCUCGUCUUUUAGACACUCUCGUAUUUUCUUGCAGCUUGCUUCAGCCAAAGCAUCUAAUGCCUAGUUCCCACAUUAUCACGCACUAUUCAUACCAUUUAUGAAUUCACACUGAAUCCCCAUAUUCCUUCCAUUGAAUUGCAUCCAUGCAUCUAGGCUUCACAUUCACAUCCACAUCCACCUUACGAGUGACACGCGACAAUCCUUCCCUCGUAUCUAAAAAGUCCCAGGCUGCAGCGGAAAACGGCACUCCCUUCCUUUUCAUAAGGUCUAGGCCGUCUCUCUGACUGGCCCACGCCCACAAAAGCAGCAGCCAGCACCAACACCGCUCUGUCCCGUCUGCCUUAGCUUUAUUACUAUUUCUACACGAGGUACCUAACCUUUGCCGGCUUCCGUUCGACUGGAAAGGUAACAGGUCGUGUGCUUUCCCUCCUAUUUUAUUAUCUAUACCGCCCUCUGCUUGCAUCACCACCGUCUCCUGCUGCUUUUCCCUCCGUCAUCACCACCAUCUCGUACUCCGUCCUCGCCGACCCCUCCGCUUCCCGGCCGUCCCCCUCCUUGAGCCUCCGGUACCCCUUUCUCCACUGUCUUACGGUACGACCUGUCUACUACCACCGUCGCCGGCGCCGCUUUAUCCUGGACCGUCCCCGGAUUUACGCCCCUGAACCCCUAAAACAGAUCUAUCUGGCUGCUUGGGAAUUUUUUUCUUCAACCCUCAACCUGAUCUUUUCAGCCUUGAUAUUCGGACUCGCUUGUUCGCAAACAACUCCGGCAACUCUCCCACCCACAUCUUGACCUACCUCUCCUAAUUUUUCUGGCCCGCUGAUUAUUUGGACCCCGCCAUCUCACUCUUCCGUCUCCCCUCUCUUACCGUCCUCCCCCUCAGCGCGUACCCUCACCUCCUUAUUUUUCACUCAUCGCUGCACUCGCGUGACCAUGACAACAUCACCAACCAACCUCGAUUUUGGCCAUGUGCCCUUCUUGGACUUGGCCUACGACAACAAUGAAUCACAAGACUCGGCUCGAACACUCAUCCUGACACUCAUGCCAGACUGGGCGAGCCAAGACUCAAACGUUGAAUUUGUGCGUUUCACUGAUGGCAUCACCAAUACUCUGCUAAAGGCCGUCAACCACCGCCCUGGCAUGUCCAAGCUUGAUGUUGAUCGGGAUGCUAUCCUACUCCGAGCCUACGGUCAUGGAACUGCCGUUCUCAUUGACCGUGAACGUGAGGCUGAGAACCAUGAGCUGCUCAUGAGAUAUGGUCUUGCUACUCAGUUGCUUGCCCGUUUCAAGAAUGGCAUGAUGUACCGUUAUAUCCUGGGUAAACCUGCACGUGCCCAGGAUCUUCGUGAACCUCUAAUACUAUCUGCCAUCGCUCGUCGUCUUGCACACUGGCACGCAACUGUACCUUGCUUGCCGGACCCCAAUCAUAGUCGGGACGAUAGGCAUGUAAAUGGCGAGGCCAAACUCAAUGGACUUGCCAACGGUAACACCGGCACCAAUGGUGAUAGCCUGACCAACGGGAAUACCAACGGUAUUGUGAACGAAAACAACAAGUCUCGCCAAGAACAGAUUGAUAAUACUGCCCCUGGAAAAGCUCCGCCUAAUAUGUGGACAACCAUGCAAAAAUGGAUCUUCGCCUUGCCCACUGAUACGGACGCUCAGCGGCAGAGGCAGGCACUGCUGCAGGCAGAGUUGAAAGAGAUGGUCCAAAAACUGAGCCAGCGGCCUGGCUUGGGCAAGAACGGGCUUGUAUUUGCGCACUGCGACCUGCUGUGUGCCAACGUUAUCAUCCACGAAGACGAUGAGGCGGCCCCUACCGUCGACUUCAUCGAUUACGAGUAUGCUACACCAUCGCCUGCGGCUUUUGACGUGGCGAACCACUUUGCAGAGUGGGCAGGGUAUGACUGCGACUACUCGGCUGUACCCAGACAGGAUCAACGACUUGCGUUUGUAAGGGAGUACAUCAAAUCUUACUUUUCUUUAACCGGCGAGGAGGUCGAUGAAGAGGAGGAGGUUCGGAAACUCAUGACCGAGGUCGAUGCGUAUCGAGGAGUGCCAGGAUUCUACUGGGGCAUCUGGUCCCAAAUCCAAGCUGUCAUUUCCAAGAUUGACUUUGACUAUGCUCAAUAUGCUGAACUGCGAUUGAGUGAAUACUGGGCAUACAAGGGCGAGGAGGAUGGCAGCCGAAAAGCUUCAGGCCAAGAGAUGCCAUUGAGGGAAAAGACUUGGUGGCGCACCGAGUAGGUGAAUCCACAGACAUUCACCUGAGCAUGGCAUAGCGGUAAUCAAAGCAGGGACUGAAGCCAGUGACAUUAUACUAUGUAUUAAUUGUCAAUCAGUAAGCGAGAGCGAGAUUUCCUCAGUGGCUACUGUGGGCGGGGAAACGAUUAAAAACGCGUCGGAAAUGGGAACGGGCACAACGAGCAACGGUUACAAGGAAGCCAUUUUUGCCCUUGUUUUUCUGGAUCCAGGUCUGGCUUCUCAGAACCGACGGCUUCAUCGUUUCCGUUCUUGGCUUUUCCCAGACCCCCUCUUCCCACGUUCCCUGGACGCUCUCUACAUGACGAACAGCCAACCACCCUCGUCCAUUCCUAGGGCUGGGUGCGAUCCCAUUCUAUUGAUUUGAUUUUCUUCUUUUACUUGUUGUUUUAUGUCAUUGUUGCGUAUUCUUGCAAUGUUAUGACCAUAUAAAGAAAGCUCAACAGCGGAUAGGAUGGCAUCAAGGGAUAAAGCCAUUCAACAUGAGCGAUAGCUACUGCAACUAGAGGAGUAGACAGGUCACAAAUGAAUUGUCUCGUCCGCAUGCUUAGUUAUUAUAAUUGAACCUGCAGUAGAUGGGUCCUUUUAAUAUAAAUAUGGACAUUCUCACAUACAAUACCUCAUAGAGGACAUCAUCACAUAUCUACGAGAGAGAAGAACCAAGGUACCUCAAUGUGGUGCCUUAUUGAUACUCGGCAUCAACAUAUGAUUUCAUCCUGCUGUUCCUCAUUACCG